UUCGCAUUACACACUCUAUACCCCACAGUUGCACAUCUUCAUGCCUAUAUGCAUAGAAUGUCGAUGGCCUGUCAAGACACUCUACACAGAAUACAGCAAGGCCGAUGAUCGAUCCCUAGGCAAAGGAGUGCAGCUCACGCAAUGCCCGCGCUGCAAGCGUUUCGCCGACAAAUAUGUCGAGCACGAUUUCGUAGUGCUGUUUAUCGACCUUGUGUUGAUUAAACCACAGGUCUACAGACACCUUCUCUUCAACCGCCUGGGACGCGAAGACGACAAAUUCGACCGCUCCAUCUUCCGUCUUGGAGUCCUCCUCCUCCUCUUCGACGUCUACCUAACCUGGGCGCGAAUCGAGAAGCUCUCCCUCCCACCCAGCUCCCCCUACCGCGUCGCAACCCCCUCAACCCUCGCAAACACAACCACACCCGCGCACCUCUCCCCAGACCUAAACACCAACGCCGCAAUCCUCCAAGCACAACCCCUAAUCCUCCAAUACCUCUUCUUCCUCCUUCUCGUCACCCUCUCCACCCUCUCCUUCCACCUCCCCAUCCGCCUCCUGUGCUCCCUCCCUCCCACACGCAUCCCGUCCCCCCUCCGCAAACCCUUCACACGCCUAAUACCACACUACCCGCACCCGACACCCCUCAGCACUGCGCUCCUCGUCUCAUCCUGCACGAAACUGUUCCCGAUCCUGCUCAUCAUUUGGGACUACGACCUCAAGUGGAGCGCGACGGCCGUCAGCUGGGCCGUCAUCGUGAAUAACGUGGCAGCCAUGGAAAUCCUAAUGGGGUGUGGGUACGUCAGAGCAGGGGUGCUGGUGGGCGUCGGGGCAGGGUUGAGGAGUGUGGUCGGUGGGUUGGUGGUUAGGGGUGUUGGGUUGGGGGAUGAGGUUGGGGGGUUGCUGGAGGGGGUGAGGGGUUUGAUCAAUUGGGUGGGAAUGUGA